AUGAAGAUGGUUUAUAUGGACUUAAUAAUUUUAAGUUUUUGCUUUGGUCUGGGAAUCCAAUAUGGUGCUUUUGGCAAGAGGCAGUAUCAGAUCCAAAACGGCCUUUGUAGCUACACCUUUUUGUUGCCUGAGCAAGAGAACUGCCAAAGCACCUACAACUAUCCUGAUCAAAAGGAUGGACCUAUGGACGAUGAGUCGGUUCAGAGACUGGAGCAACUGCAAAUGGGAAUGGAGAACAACACGCAGUGGCUGCUUAAGUUGGAGAACUACAUACAGGACAGCAUGAAGCAGGACAUGCUCUAUCUCCAUCAGGCUGCUGUACACAACCACACAGCUACAAUGAUUGAGAUUGGGACAAACCUGCUGAGUCAAACUGCUGAGCAAACAAGAAAACUCACCAAUAUGGAAGCACAGGUAAUUCAUCACACAACUCGACUAGAGCGUCAACUUCUUGAGAAUUCCCUGUCGACCAACAAGUUGGAAAAACAACUCAUAGUCCAAUCAAAUGAAAUCAGCAAACUGAAUGAUAAAAACAGUCUUCUAGAGAAAAAAGUUGUGGAGAUUGAGCAGCAGAGGCAGGCGGAGCUGAAAACACUUCAAUUAGAAAAGGAGCAUCUUCAGUCCUUAAUACUGAAACAGACAUCCAUCAUCGGGGAACUGGAGCAGCAGCUGCUUAAAGUCUCUUCCAACAACUCUGCUUUACACCAUCAACAGCAGGAGCUGUUGGACACAGUGAACAGCUUGAUACAGACAUUAUCAUCUGGUUCUAUUCCAGAACCCAAGACUGCCAUGAUGCAAGACACCCCAACCAUAUACAUGGACUGUGCUGCUGUCUACAAGUCAGGAAACACCAAAAGUGGCGUCUACACGCUCACCAUCCCCAACACCACCACAGAGGUAAAGGCUUUUUGCGACAUGGAGACUGAAGGAGGCGGCUGGACGGUACUACAAAAACGGUUUGAGGGUCAUGUUGACUUUCACCGUACGUGGCAGGAGUACAAAAAGGGAUUUGGAGAACCUUCAGGUGAAUACUGGCUGGGAAAUGAAUUUGUCUCCAAACUGACAAGUCAGAAAACAUACAAAUUAAGAAUCAAGCUGAGCGACUGGGAAGGAAACUCGGCUUUCUCUCAAUAUGAUCAGUUCUCUCUGGACGGCGAAGCACAAAAUUACAGGAUACACCUUAAAGGCUACACUGGAACGGCAGGCAAAAUAAGCAGCAUUGGGCAGCCAGGAAGUGAUUUUAGUACAAAGGAUGCAGACAAUGACAAAUGUGUAUGCAAGUGUUCACAGCUGACAACAGGAGGCUGGUGGUUUGAUGCCUGUGGUCCAUCCAAUCUGAACGGGAUUUAUUAUCAGAACGGCCAGAACUCCAAUCGCUUUAACGGGAUCAAAUGGUACUACUGGAAAGGAUCAGGAUACUCGCUGAAGUCCACUACCAUGAUGAUUAGACCGACAGAUUAUUCAGCCUUGCUUUGAACCCAAAUUCAAUAAGUGAAGUGAGACAGAAAUGUUGCCCAGAAAACACUAGUACCAAAAUUAAAGGUUUCAGUGGAAGCCACAGCACUUCAUAAAUAUGUUUCAGUAUGAAUUUCUUCUUAUUUAUGUCUUUAUUAGUUUGAUCUGAAGGGGUUUGUGCACAUAAAAUGGGUAAGACACCUUAGGCAUAUCAGCUCUGUUCUGUUAACCAGGAGACGCCAGAGUUAAAGUUAGAAACAUUAAUACAUAACUUAUACUUCAGCAAAAUGUAAUUAUUUGCCCAACUGUGAUAAGAAUACUAACUAAUUAUAUUGUAUAUAUAAAACAUGGUACAAGAUGCAGAUAGGUAACUGUCUGUAAGUGCUUUUUUAUGCAUUACAGAUUUAUAUUUUAUGAUUUAAAUGUUAAAGCCACAAGAAUGUCUUUCUAUAGAUCCAGUGUUGUUUGUCGUUUCGUUUAACAGAAUGUCUGUACAUUUGUUUAAUUUAUAUGUUGGUAUAAGGGAUGAUAUUUAAUUCUAUUACAUGUAAAGGAAAAUUGUUUAACACUGUCUAUGCAAACAAAUUCGAGAGAAUAUGUUUUACUAUGUUCUGCCAUAGAUUCCAACAUGUCCUUACAUGACUGUGAUGUUUUUGAGCGAAAAAAAAAAAACAGAUUUUGGGAUCAUUUGUUUUGUUAUGAAUGAGCUGAAAUAUUAAGACACAUGGAGUUUGAAGUUUUCCAUUAGUUUACUUCAUUAGAAAGCUUCAUGAAUUGUUUUUUAUUUUUUGGUUCUUUAGACAGAUAUGCUUUGGAUUCAGUUGUAUUAGUAAAAAUUGGAAUAUCGUCAACAAUUCGGUUUAAAGUUUGCUUCUGUUUAACCGAUCUAUAGACUCAGGCAAUAACGCUUUAAACAACUGGAAAAUGUUCUAUGUUGUUCCUUAAAAAAGCUUUCUUGGUUUUCUCAAAUACAACAUACACAAUAAAUAUUAAAG